GAAAGGGGAAGAGGAGAUGAGAACAGAGAGGAAAUGGGACAGAGAAGAAGGAAAAGGGAACCAAAAAUGAGAGAAAUGCGGGAGAGAAUAUGGGGAUAAAACCUGAAAGAAAAGGUGGGCGAGAGCAGACAGAAAAGAGCGAAAAUGGGAGAGAAAAUGGAGAGAUGAGAGGACAAAAAUCAGUGGGAGAACACAAGAAAAUGGUGGGAAAAUUUGACAGGAAAGGCUGCAAGAGGUGACAAGAAACGGACAGCAAAAAUAGACGGGAAAGGGAGCAGAAAAGAGCCUGCCAUGAUGGAAAAGGACCCACGCAGUGAGGAGCUCAACAAGCAGGACACCCUGAGACCCCCCGUGUCCCCCCGCCCCAAGGGGCAGGUGCUGCCAGGUGUCCCCAAGAAAAGCAGCGUCCCUGGGUCCUGCCCAGCUGCCCCCUCAGGUCACCCUGAGGUGGAGGUGCUGCAGAAGCAGGCGCACACCCUGCGGAAGGUCCAUCGGGUCGUGGUGGAGGAGCUGGCGAGGGCACAGCAGAGCAGUGAGGAGCUGCACCAGCGGUUGGAGAAGCUGAAGCAGCAAAAGGAGGCCCUGAAGGAGCCCCGGAAGAAGUUGCAGGAGUUACUGCAGAGAGCGCAGCUGCACAGUGAGGAGGUGAAGGCCCAAGGCCAGAGGAAAUCGGGGAUCUGCCUGGAGCAGCAACAGGGCCUGGAAGGGACAGAGCAGAAGUGGGAGCAGUUCCUAUUCGAGUGCCGGGAACAAAGGUGGCAAUACUGCCAGAAGCUCGAUGCCAUCACGGAGGAGUUCAAGCACCUGCGUGUCACUCACACUCCAGACCACCUGAAGGCUGAACUGGUGAAGCUGGAGAAGAUGGAGGAGAAGUUUCUGAACUGGGAGCGCUGUUUGAAGAAGACCGUGGAGCUGAUAUGCCCAGAGGCACUGGUGGCCAUGCAAUUGGUGCGGGAGGAGCAGGAGCGGGCGGAGCGACGGCUGGAGGCGGAGCUGCGGCGGCAGCAGCAGAGCCGGGAGCGGCGUGACAGGUUGGCCGAGGAGCUGCGGCAGCUGCAGCUCUCCAUGGAGGCUCAGCCAGAGUGACGGGAUGGACACACCAUGGGACACGUGUGGCACCUGUGUGACACCUCUGUGUGACACCUGCGGGCCACCCGUGUCCUCCCACGUUCUCAUGUCCCCAGUUCCUCGUUGUUCUCUCCUCCCUGUUCCCCCAGUUCCCCCAUGUUCUCAUGAACCUGAUUUCCCCCAUGUUCCCCCCAAUGUUCUCAUGUUCCCCCAUGUUCUCCCAUGUUCUCCCAUGUUCUCCCAUGUUCUCCCGUGUUCUCAUGUCCCUGAUUUCCCCCAUGUCCCCAGUUCCCCCCCAAUGUUCUCAUGUCCCCCACGUUCUCAUGUUCCACCAUGUUCUCCCAUGUUCUCACAUGUUCCCCCAAUGUUCUCAUGUCCCUUUAUGUUCUCAUGUGUCUGAUUUCCCCCAUGUCCCCAGUUCCCCCGCGAUGUUCUUGUGUUCCCUCAAUGUUCUCCCAUGUUCUCCCAUGUUCUCGUGUCCCUGAUUUCCCCCAUGUCCCCAAUUCCCCCCCAAUGUUCUCAUGUCCCCCCAUGUUCUCAUGUCCCUGUUUUCCCCAAUGU